CGUAGCGGCGGUAUGAAAAAAAUGGCCAUCGUCAGAUUCGUUGAACUAUCGGAGCCUUUUUUAUUAAACUGUCCCUCUUACUGAAAAGGCGGCGGAGUGAGCAAUGCGAGUCGUGGCGAUGCGGGCCCAAACCGGAGCUAACGAGCGGUAGUCCGGUUGUUUCCCGGCCGUUUGGGCGGCUCUGCGUGCGGCUGAAGCAGAUGGGAUCCUCGGUGUAUUUGGGUAAAAGGCGGAAGACUGCGUAUCAACAGACCCGACCGGAGAUGCUACACAGCUACGGCCGCUAGCCAGCUAACUAUUUGUCGCAAGAGGAUGGCAAACGGCAGCCGAUUCACCAGGAAUUAAGGGAAACGGAGGAAGAAUUUCGACUGACGACAUCCUUCUUUAUGGAGCCACAGCGGGACGACUUGAACUGAGACAGCUUAAACACCCAGCUAGACGCAGCUCUCACCGAACCUCAGGAUGGCGAGCAGGAGGAAGUCCACCACCCCCUGCAUGGUUCCUCCUCGAGAAACCGUCGACUCGGAUCAGGAGAUGGAGGACAUGGCGGAUGCUGCAGAACCGGAGGACAGUAACGGCGUGGCGACCGUCUCCUCUGAUGUCUGUGGCCUGUCGGAGGAGCGAGGUGAGGAGGCCGAAGUCAGGCAGGUGUCAGACCACUACCUGGACUUGGACGUGGCAGAGGGAGGAUACGAGUGCAAAUACUGCAGCUUCCAGACGUCAGAGCUCAACCUGUUCACCAUGCACGUGGACACCGAGCAUCCCGACGUCAUCAUCAACACCUCCUACGUCUGCUUGGAGUGUGACUACCACACAAAGAGUUAUGACACACUGCUGGCCCACAACGCUCGCCUCCAUCCGGGGGAGGACAACUUCACACGAACGAUGGUGAAGCGAAACAACGAGACCAUCUUCCAGCAGAUGGUCAACGACCUCACCUUCGAUGGCAGUUUCGUUAAAGUGGAGGACGGCGAGGCGGAGGAGACGUCCCGCAAGGGCAUUGCCCUAAGCAAGACGCCCAUCAUGAGGAUCAAGAGCAGACCGGAACCCAAGAAGUUCCCUGCCCCGCACAAAAUGGCCGUCGAAGACGUCAUCAAAGUGGAAAGCGACGAUGAGGACGACGAGAACAAGGAGCCGCCCACUCUGUCUCCCGCCCCAGUGACCCCUGCUGCCGUCGCCCCUCGCCUCAUCCCCGUCUCCACGCCGGUGCAGGUCCAGGCCGUCCCGCAGAGCAUCGUGGUCAACAGCCCCAACGUGCUGCAGAUUAAAGGCGGCUCCAGCGGCAGCACCGUGCUGCCUCCAGGGACGCUGGCUCAGGUUCUGUCGGCUCUGCAGAACCAGCAGAACAGCGCUCAGACCCAGACUCAGCUUCUCAUCCCCAUCAGCAGCAUCCCCACGUACAACACAGCCAUGGACAACAACGUCCUGCUGGUCAGCGCCUACAACAGGUUUCCAUAUCCCUCGGUGUCAGAGAUCAUGGGCUUGGCUUCACAGACGAAGUUCAGCGAGGAGCAGAUUAAGGUCUGGUUUUCGGCUCAGAGACUCAAACACGGAGUCAGCUGGACGCCGGAGGAGGUGGAGGAGGCGAGGAGGAAGAAGUUUAACGGAACGGUGCAGACCGUCCCUCAGACCAUCACCGUCAUCCCCGCCAACAUUGCUGCAGCCACCAACGGCCUGCAGUCCAUCUUCCAGACGUGUCAGAUCGUCGGACAGCCAGGCCUCGUCCUCACUCAGGUGGCUGGUAAUGGCAGCGCCGUUCCAGUCGCCUCACCCAUCACCCUGACGGUCGCAGGUCUCCCCGGCAACCAGCCCAAAGCUGCCGAACCAUCGACGUCAGAAUCGAAGACCGAGAUGUCGACCUCUUCAGCCAGCAUGCCGCUCAGUUUGGACUCAGCGACGACGAAACCGAAGAAGUCCAAGGAGCAGCUGGCGGAGCUGAAGGCCAGCUACGGCAGGAGGCAGUUCGCCACCGAGGCGGAGAUAUCACGGCUCAUGCAGGUCACCAAACUCUCCAAACGAGCAAUAAAGAAGUGGUUCAGUGACACGCGUUAUAACCAGAGGAACUCCAAGGAUCACCACGGUGUCCUGCUGAGCGAAUCCCCUUCCAGCAGAGUGGCGGUGUCGGGGGGAGCCAGGGUAGGAAGGAACAGCAGCGGAAGCCUUAAUGACAAUAGCAACAAUAGUGACAACACUACAACCAUCGUCAUCGACUCCAGUGACGACGCCAGCGACUCCUCUCCAACCUCUGCCAGCGCCCCGGGGUCGUCUGGUUCAUCCAGCGACCCACGGGUCAAAUUCCGGCACGCCUUCCCCGACUUCACACCACAGAAGUUCAAGGAAAAGACGCAGGAGCAGUUGCUGAUCCUGGAAGCCAGCUUCCAGAAAUCGGACACGCCCUCGGACGAGGAGCUGAGCCGGCUGCGAGCAGAGACAAAGCUGACGCGACGCGAGGUGGACGCUUGGUUCACCGAGAGGCGGAAAAUGCCUUCGGCAGGGCAGUCAAAAGACGGAGACUUCGAAGGGGAUGCUGAAAAGGCGAAACCAGCUGCUGUGCCUUCAUCCUCGGCUCAGGAGAGGCAGACGACUCCUCCCGCCAGCAGGAAGACGAUGAAGAAGACGCCGGAGCAGCUCCACAUCCUGAAGAAGGCAUUCGUCCGCACGCAGUGGCCGACGCCCGAGGAGUACGACCAGAUGGCCGAGGAGAGCGGCCUGCCAAGGACUUACAUCGUCAACUGGUUCGGAGACACGCGCUACGCCUGCAAGAACAGCAACCUGAAGUGGUACUACCUCUACCAGAGUGGGAAGGUGGACGAGGCGCUGAAUGGUGGAGCCAAGAGCCAGAAGAAGUCCAGGAAGCGUUUCCGGGGUUGGUCCAGGAGGACGCGCCGGCCGUACCCCUGCAAACGCUCCCCACAGGGGAGCGCCACCGCCAUCAAGGUGAAGUCUGGUAAGGCGUUUCUGAAGGACUACUACCUCAAACACCGAGCCCUGAGUGAGAAAGACCUGGACGACCUGGUGACAAAGUCCAGCAUGAGCUACGAGCAGGUGAGGGACUGGUUCUCCGAGACCGCCAGGAGGGUGGAAGAGGGCAAGGAGCCCUUCAGCGACGAGGAGGCCGAGGGAGAGGAGGGGGAAGGCGAGGACGAGGACGAGGAAGAGGAAGAGGAGGAGGCGGCGGCGGCGGCAGAACACGGAGACAGCGAGGGAGAGAUGGAGGUGAAGGAACAAGGAGAGGAAGCCUCUGAUGACGACUGCAACGAGGAAGAAGAGGAGGUGGAAGACCACGAGACGAUCCAGGAGGAAUCUGAAGGUGUCAGCCAAUCACAGCCCCAGGCAGAGGAGCAGACAUGAGCAGACUGAAAUAGCGUUGCCCCGCCCCCGCCCGCCCCCCAC